AUGCGUUGCGCAGCGCUUCCCGCACGAUCGGCAGUGGCUGCUGCGGCAGUGAGCCGUAGCUCAGUCCAAAAGGCGUGUCGAUCAUACAGCUCGUCUGCCACCAGCACAAGCACCAGCACCAGCACCAGCACCAAUACAGACACGGGCACUGACACGCAGCAGCGCAAGUCUAGACGAAAGAGGGCACAAUUGGCUUCCAGACCAGGCGCAGAUCUAGUCGGACCUGCUCAUCCCAUCUCCAACAUUCGUCCUCUGCUCUUGAUCGGCAGCGCAUUCGAAGAAGAUCUUCAUUCCAGCUCCAGCUCCAACAGCCAUGCUUCUCUCCGCACCACCAACGUUUCCCAUCCCUAUUCGCUCUCCGAAUUCAACAGCGAAGGCACAGCCUCCUUCGCAUCUCCCUCCUCUUCCCCCACCUCAUCCGCCUCUGAUCAGCCUCGCGCUACAUCCAAGCUUGGAGCGUGGAGGAGGUCGUUUCUAAGCAGUCCCACUGCCAGUCCCAAUGGUCGCCCUUCCUACUACUACCUCGACCUUCUAUCUCGUCUAGAAGCUGCCGAACUGCGUCAUCGCCUGAACAGAGCCAGAGCAGAAGCUCUUACGCAACGCUUCUGGGCAGACAAUAAUUUGCGCUUCGGAGCUGCUCAAGAUGCGUUCGAGUUGGAAAUGCAGAUUGCAAAAAAAGUCGAAAGAGCUACGCGACACGUGUCCCCUUCCUCCUCCUCCGCCUUCGCUACUGGUAGUGAUGAUGCGUUGACGCCCUUCUAUAGCUCUUGGCUAUCCGCAAACGCAGCUAGACAUCGAGCUUACAACGCUUUGCUUUGGCAACACACUAUCAGGGAUCUGGCCCCCGCUGCCGUUUAUCAGACGCUCAAAGUCUGGGCCAGGGUUGUGCGUCGUUGGGAAAGACUUUUGGGAAGGCUUUGA